AGUACUUAUUAGUACUAGUAUGAGUGGAUCAGUGGUAUGGUGGGCAGAUGUCAGGUCUCGACAUCUAGAUAUACCCCUCAGAGAUCGUAAAGACACCCCGAGGCUUCUUGAAGAGGCUUCCUAGUCACACCACUUUCGCCUAGAGUCAUUCUCGUUCGCAACAUGACAAUCCCUCCGCAAACCGGCGGGAUGGACAUAGAAGCUUUCCGGAAACAUGGGUACAAGGUCGUCGACCAGAUCUGCGAUUACUAUGCACGACUCAACGAGUUACCCGUGGUUGCUCAGGUCGAGCCUGGUUAUCUCGUCAACGAUCUACCCACCGAGGCACCGAAAGAGCCGGAAGACUUUUCCCUCGUAGCUUCCGACUUCCAAUCCAAGAUCCUCCCCGGAAUCACACACUGGAGUCACCCUCGGUUCUUUGCUUAUUUCCCGGCGAUCACGAACUUCGAAUCCAUCUUGGCUGAUAUGAUGGCGACGUCGGUCUCGAACCCGGGGUUCAACUGGAGCUGUUCCCCAGCUUGUACAGAGCUAGAACAGGUCAUGCUCGAUUGGGCCGCGAAGCUCUUGGGUCUACAGGAAAAGUUCUGGAACAGUUCGAAGCAAGGGGGAGGUCAGAUUACCGGAGCUGCGUCCGAGUCCGCUAUCGUCGCUACAGUAGCUGCCAGGGAACGAUGUCUCCGCAUGCUCAGCCUGCAAGGUGCACCUGAAGUCGACGAGAAUCACGGCCUGAGUAACAAUGGACAAAGCGACACAUCUGUCAAGACCGACGAGCUGGGAACGCGGAUCAAUGAUGCGGAUGGUGAUGUCGAUGAUACUAUCAGGGACAAGUAUCACUCCAAGUUGGUCAUGUACGGGAGCACGCAGACGCAUAGUAUCGGGAUCAAGGCCGCAAAGAUUCUGGGUCUCAAAUGGAGGUCGUUGCCGACUUUCAAGAAGGACCAUUACGCCCUUACCGGAGAGACGGUCCGCAAGGCGUUGGAGGAGGACGAGAAGAAGGGCCUGAUUCCGUUCAUGCUGAUUGGGACGAUCGGAACGACUAGUACAGGAACGGUCGACAGGUUAUCAGAGAUUGGCCAAGUCUUAAAGAACCACCCUACCGUCUUCCUCUAUAUCGAUGCAGCCUGGGCCGGUACCGCUUUGGCCGUGCCUGAACACAGAGAGGCCUUGCAGCUCGACGCCGUCAACGAAUACGCCGAUGGCAUCUGUACCAACUUCCACAAAUGGGGCCUGGUCGCCUUUGACUGUAGCGCUCUUUGGGUCAGAGAUAGAAAGGUCUUGACGAACGCGCUUGAUGUGACGCCAGCAUUCUUGCGGACCAAGCAUGGGGAUACCGGUCUGGUCGUCGAUUACCGAAACUGGUCUUUGUCCCUCGGGCGACGUUUCCGUUCCCUCAAACUUUGGUUCGUUUUGCGAAGCUACGGAGUCGAAGGGUUCCGUGCACAUAUCCGCAAGGGAGUACAAAUGGCCGCUGCGCUCGAAAAACGUAUCAGAGAAUCGAAAGACUUUGAGCUUGUCACACCACGUUCGCUUGCAUUGCUUGUCUUCCGGCUUAAACCUUCGACUGGCGAUCACACCCCCGAACAGCUCAACGAACUAAACAGGCGACUGCAAGAGCUAGUCCAUGCUGAGAAGGACUUUAACAUGACGCAAACAGUCUUGCCAGGGGAAGAAGGGCAGCCGUCGAUCGAUUGCAUGAGGUUCGCCAUGGGCGCCUUGCGGACUACCGAGGCAGAUGCUGUGCAAGCAUGGCAGAUCGUUGAACGCUUAGGAGCAAGCAUUAUAAAUUGAGCAUAGGAUAGGUAUUGGGUUGUACAGGGUUGUAUCGGUA